ACCAGACGUACUCACUGUCUCAGUCACCACAGCAGACCCCUCAGGGUGCAGAAAGUCCCAUCUCCUCAAUGCCCAACACAAUAUUCAGUGAGUCAUACUAUCUUCAGCAACAACAACAGACCAAUGCUCUACAGCACCAGUUUGAACAGUUCAGCAUGGUGCAGGAUAAUCCCAGCACGUCACCUCUGACAACUUCCAGCAUGUCACCCAUCACCAGUAAUCCCUACAUGGGACAGACAAUGAGUGACAUGCAGUAUGCCCAGGCACAGAUCCAUGGCUUGACAGGCAGUCAGGAGUUCCUCCAGCCAAACAACAACAACAAAGUCCCACCGUACCCACACAACUCGCAGGGCAACCAGGGCAUUCCUGAUAUCAUUCUCACAGGAGCGGGAGAGUCCCCGCCACGCCAGGACUUUGCCAAAGACCUUGGCAGUGCCAUGGCAAGUAUGGCCAGUGGCUUUGACUCGGACACCCU